AUGCUCACUCCAGGAUAUCAACAUCCGCAACAGCAUCAACAAUCGCACACCACCAAUUGCGCACCCGGCAUUCCUACCUCAUCUUCAACCGUUUUACCAUCAUUUAAUGUUACAAGCCACCUACCGAUCGGACCCACUCAGCUUCCAAAUAUCCCGGAGAAAGAAGUUGGAAAUACGAUAGUUCCUGGAAAUGGUUAUAAUCCGGGAGGUUAUUACCAGUCCAUGGUACCAUCACAAUCCACUUUUGGCCAGCAGCUAUUUAUCAAAAAUGAAAAUGGUUAUGGAUCACGUGGAGCUACCACUUUCGGAUCUGAUAUGUAUUUUGCCCCUGAGGCACCACUUAUGCAAAAUUCUUGUUUAUUCAGUUCUACAUCAGCAUCAACUGCAACCGAUUACUCGUAUAAUCUUAUUAAGCCGGAUCCUGAAACAUUUUUCGGUCAUGCAUGCUCAUCACAUCCGUUUGUUCGGCCUCAUUAUCCUCAUUUUCCGUUUGCCAUGCAACCGAUGACAUCCAAUGCCACCACUGGCUCCAACUACCUCCAGAAUCCAAUUCAAUGCCAGUGGAUUGAAGUUGGUAUUAAAAUCAAAAAAUGA